AUGGUUAUCGAGGAGAUCCCCGUGAAGCCAACGCAGGCGCAGUUGCGCCUUCUUCGCGCCCACCUGCCCUACUCGCUGCAGGUCCUCCGUCGCCUGCAGGUUGCCGCCGGCGCCUUUGACGGCAUCAACUCGAAUGGUUUGUCGGGCAGUGGCACUUCCGAGUAUGCCCGCGUCCUAUUUGCCUACGACGGGGCCCAGGUGCCGCCGGAGGCGGAAGACGACGCCGUCCACACGCCCUUUGCGGCUGCCUUUGUGGACCUUUCCAAGGCCCGGGAGACGGCUACCUGGAUCUAUGCGUCCGACCAAGACCAGUCGCUUCCCGCUGGCGCGGACCUGUAUGCCGCCGACAACGACCAGCCCGCGUCCUGGGUCGUCGACCGCGGCGCCGAGCUUGUGUCCGCGUGGUCGCCCGCGCGCCGUGCCCGCAGCCGCCGUCUCGUGCUGGCCCUACUUCGUCGCAUCCGCGCCAUUGCCCAAGACGUUGCACCCGCUCUGGCGGUCCGUUUUCCUGGUCGCUUUGGUACGGAGGGCACAGCCGCGGACGUUGUCAAGAACGUCAAAGCCAACAUCCAUGAUGGCAUCCGCUACCUUUUGCAGAGCCCGGGCAACGCGGCUGACGAUCCCGACCGCACUGCCAUCGUCUUGACGUAUUUUGACGCCUUCGACAAGUGGCUCUUCCGCUUCGAGGAUGUGCCAGUGUUGUCGCAACCGGAGGACACGGAGCUUGUGACGGGUAUCCACGAGGACGUGGCGGACGGCCCGGACGGCGCCCGCGCUUCCUUGUCCUGGGAUAGGGUGCGAUCCCAUGAUGAUGCUUCCCUUGUCAUCAGCCGCACGUCCAUUCCGCGUACCGUGCAUACACUGCUAGGCGUGCCCAGUGUCGCACUGCGAGAAAAGGCUGCGACCAAAGGACAGGACGGCACCCUCCAAGCUUGGGCCUUUGUGGGCGUGGACGGCUCGCUGUGGACAUUGCAUACGGAACCCAAGUACCGGGGCCGCGGCCUGGCCAAGACCCUGGCGGCACGGUUGCUGCGGCAGUACUGCGGCGUGUUUAAUGCCACAGUCGACGGACAAUCAGGAAAUGGCAUCGCUGACGACGCAAAGGGUGACGGCUGGUGUGCCGCUGAUGUCAGUGCCAAGAACCGGCAGAGCCAGGCAGUGUGUCGGCGACUCGGAGGAAAGCGGGCCUGGGCGACGUCAUGGAUCGUGGUCAGUUAUGAUAGCUUGGGAGAUGAUGGAUGA